ACUUGCAAAGAGAAGGAGAGAGGGGGGAAUUUUAGGCUGAAGGAGCUCACAUCGCUGAGGCUGUUUCCUCCCGAGGUUACAGCGGAGACUGCGUGAAAUGUACAUCAAACGUGAAUUGUUUUCCGAUGCACUGAGGAGAACUGGUGAGGAGGAGGAGGAGUGGUCAUUAUUAUGCACUUUUAGAUCGACGUCGCCUUGAACGCAGCGCAGCACCCAUCGCAGUCAGUCAGAACCUCGUGUGCGUUUAAUCUCCGAAGUUGUGUCGAGCAGGCGAUGAUUCGCAUCUGAUUGUUGAUCAACUAUCUGGAGAGGACUGCGGACGGGCAGACGCUGCAUUGUGGCGACCGAGACGCUGAUUUUUGCCUGAGGAUCGCACAAUCCGUUCAUCCCAAAAUGUCAUCUCAUGCGAAAGUCAAAAAGGACAAAGAGAUUAUUGCCGAAUAUGAGACCCAAGUGAAAGAGAUCCGAAACCAGCUGGUGGAGCAGUUCCGCUGUCUGGAGCAACAGUCCGAGUCCAGACUGCAGCUGCUGCAGGACCUACAGGAGUUCUUCCGCCGGAAGGCCGAGCUCCAGCUUGAGUAUUCCAGAGGUCUGGAUAAACUGGCCGAGCGUUACUCCGCCAAGAUCCGCACCUCCAGAGAGCACCAGCACUUCAAAAAAGACCAAAAUCUUCUUUCCACUGUGAAUUGCUGGUAUUUGGUCUUGGACCAAACCCGACGAGAAAGCAGAGACCAUGCUACUCUCAGCGACAUCUACAACAACAACGUCAUUGUCCGUCUGGCACACGUGGGUGAGGAUGUCAUCAGACUUUUCAAAAAGAGUAAAGACAUUGGGGUGCAGAUGCAUGAAGAGUUAGUGAAAGUCACUAAUGAGCUCUACACAGUGAUGAAGACGUACCACAUGUACCAUACUGAGAGUCUCAGUUCUGAAAGCAAACUGAAGGAGGCAGAGAAACAGGAAGAGAAGCACAUUGGCAAGGUUAAUGACAGUGCAGGCCUGCUGCGAUAUGGUCAUGAUGAACGUCCACAGCGACGAAGUUCUGUAAAGAAGAUGGAGAAAUUAAAGGAAAAGAGACAAGCCAAGUACUCUGAAAACAAGCUGAAAUGCACAAAGGCCCGAAACGACUAUCUUCUCAAUCUGGCAGCUACCAAUGCCCUGGUGGCCAAAUAUUACAUCCAGGAUGUCUCAGACUUGAUAGAUUGUUGUGAUUUAGGGUACCAUGCAAGCCUGGCUCGCACUAUGAGAACAUACCUAUCUGCUGAAUAUAGUCUGGAAACCUCUCGCCAUGAGGGUUUGGACUUACUGGAGGGAGCAGUAGAUGCCAUGGACAUCAGGGGAGACAAGCUGAAGUUUAUGGACACACAUAGCCACAUCUUCUGUCCUCCAGCACGCUUUGACUAUCAGCCACACAUGGGGGAUGAGGUGUGUCAGGUGAGUGCACAACAGCCUGUCCAGACAGAGCUGUUGAUGCGCUACCACCAACUGCAGUCUCGCCUCUCCACACUGAAGAUAGAAAAUGAAGAGGUGAGGAAAACCCUUGAUGCCACCAUGCAAACUCUUCAGGACAUGCUCACUGUGGAGGACUUUGAUGUUUCAGAGGCCUUCCAGCAUAGCCAAUCCACAGAGUCAGUGAAGUCGGCUUCCUCUGACUCCUAUAUGAGUAAGGCGAACAUUGCUAAGAGGCGAGCCAAUCAUCAAGAAACGGAAGGCUUUUACUUCACUAAAUAUAAGGAGUACUUGAACGGCAGCAAUCUCAUAGUUAAAUUGCAGGCUAAGCAUGACCUUCUGAAGCAGACACUUGGAGAAGGGGAGAGGGCCGAAUAUGGAACAUCACGGCCCCCCACUCUCCCCCCUAAACCCCAGAGAAUGCAGGAGUCUGCACCUCGCUCCAUUUUUAACCGUAGGCUGUUUAACGGCAAUAUGGAGGCCUUCAUUCAGGAUUCAGGGCAGCCAAUACCAGUGGUGGUUGAGAGCUGCAUCCGGUACAUCAAUUUGUACGGUCUUCAGCAGCAAGGUAUAUUUCGGGUUCCAGGAUCUCAGGUCGAAGUCAAUGAUAUUAAGAAUGCAUUUGAAAGAGGAGAGGACCCGCUGAUGGAUGAUCAGACUGAUCAUGACAUCAACUCUGUGGCAGGCGUUCUUAAGCUUUACUUCCGCGGGCUGGAAAAUCCGCUCUUUCCUAAGGAGCGUUUCCUAGAUCUCAUAUCCACAACCAAACUUGACUCUGGUUCGGAAAGAGCUCAUCAUCUUCAGCAGAUAAUUGUGACUCUGCAGCGACCCGUUAUCAUCGUCAUGCGAUACCUGUUUGCAUUUCUUAAUCAUCUUUCCCAGUACAGUGACGAGAACAUGAUGGACCCCUACAACCUAGCUAUCUGCUUUGGCCCUACACUUAUGCCCAUACCAGAUGAACAAGAUCCUGUGGCCUGCCAAGCACAUGUUAAUGAGGUCAUUAAGAUGAUUAUUAUCCACCAUGAGGUCAUCUUCCCAACCCAGCGCGAGUUAGAGGGACCUGUUUAUGAAAAGUGUAUGGCAGGAGGGGAAGAAUACUGUGAAAGCCCCCACAGUGAGCCGGGUGCUCUUGAUGAGAUAGACAACGGUACUGGGCCAAACACAAGUGAUGAAGAAUUGGAGCAGAUUGAGGCCAUUGCUAAAUUUGACUACGCGGGGCGAAGUCCAAGGGAGCUGUCCUUUAAGAAGGGAGCCUCUCUGCUGCUGUAUCUGCGAGCAUCUGAGGACUGGUGGGAGGGCAGACAUAAUGGUGUGGAUGGGCUCAUCCCACAUCAGUACAUUGUGGUGCAGGACAUGGAUGAUGCAUUUUCUGACAGCAUUCAGAGGACUGAUAGUGAGACCAGCAGUGGGCUGCACCACAAUGACCGCCCCUCAUCUAGAAAUGAGAAUCAGUCUCUAUGUGAACACACACCUGAGAACCGCUUUGGACCAGUACUAGGAAGGGUGAGAGUGCGAUCAGAUGGAGCCGCAGUUCCACGCCACAGGAACGGUGCCGACAGCCUCAGCCCCACGAGGGUGGCCGAUCAGCCCCCCAGGGUCAUGCCCCGGCCCUGCAGCCCACACAAAAUAGCACUCAGCAGGGGCCAUGCAGACAGCCCGGAGAAGCGGCGUCUCACCACAUUUGGCAGCGCUGGUUGCAUCAACCAUCCCGAUAGAAAGGUGUUUGUUGACAGCCACUCUCAACGGUCAUCACCAAGCACCACUCGGCAUGCCAGUUUAGGAGACCACAAAGCUCACGAGGCUGAGGCACUUGCUGAGGACAUAGAGAAAACAAUGAAUACAGCACUGCAUGAGUUGCGUGAGCUGGAGAGGCAGAAUGUGGCCAAACAUGCUCCUGAUGUUGUUCUUGACACUUUGGAGCCCCUCAAACACCCCAGCGGAGCCCAGGAUAUUUCUGCCAGCCCGCUGCACACCAUGGUGAUCAGAGAUCCAGAUGCAGUCCAGCGACGCAGCAGCAGCAGCUCCUCCUCUGAGACUAUGACUACUUUUAAGCCUGCUCUGUCUGCUCGUAGGCCAAGUGCACCAUUAAGGCCUCCACCUGUCAGACCUGUCCGACCAGCUCCUGUGAUUGGACAGGGCCAGGGUCCACACCGCUCCAGCAGCUCCAGUUCAUCUGGUCUGGGCAGUCCAGGCAUCACCCCAACUGAAAGGGGCUUUCCCAAAGCACCCUCCCCAUCUCCAUCAACCUCCUCUUCAUCCUCAGACAAACAAAGUAACAUGUAAUCAGCAGUCAAGAAACUGAAGAACACGGUGGAUACUGACUGAUUGUGAUUAUCAUCACACCCCCUACACCUCCUCUCCUCUGCAAAACAUUGACACCAGGUCUGUUUGGUAAAUAUUUAACACUGAUCUUAUACAGAGAAUGAUAGCUUCUUCUGGUGUCUGGCCACACUUGGUUGGAGCUAGACGGUGUACUGAUAUAUUACACAGAAACAGGAUACAAAUGUAUACUUUAUAGAAUGCUACCAUGCUAAAUAGCUAUGCUGGAAUAAAGAGAUGCACUGGAAUAUAUUUCUGUUUACUGAAGUAUGACAAUGAAACAUCUCAUGGAAAUGUUAUUAGAUUACAACAAUGCUGCUGUGAGUUUGUUCAGUGGUUUCCUGCUCCAUUAUCAUGGAACACUUGAGGGAAUAUUUCACCUCCUAUCAUGUAGAAAUUCACUCUGUCCUGGUUGUCCAUAUAAUCACGUUAUUAUAAUUCCUUUGGCACCAUUUCUAAAGUGUCAGAGACAUAGAGAAGUGUCACGCCGUAUUAGAAGAUGGCCAACAUGGCUAAAGGAUAAAACUGGUGUGGACUUGCAUCAAGCUGCACUUCUUCUAAUGACCACAAGAGGCUGGCUCCAAGAAAAUUCCAGUCAUAUAAUUGACAACAGCCUCAAGUUAUGGAAACUGUUUCUUUGAAAUAUGCUAUUGGUACUUUGUACAAACAUUCUAUGCAUAGUGGCUUUAAAGGAAAUUGAGAUUUUGUGCAGAUAUUGUUAUAUAUAAGACAUGUAAGAAGUUAGAAAAAUAAUUUGGUUUCAAGCACAAAUACAACUAGUUGUCUGUAAUCAGUGUUGUCACCUCGGCUUGCGGUUCUCCUUCGACCUGCCAAGUUUAUAGUCAAUAUGUAGGGCAAUACCCUCCAACAGAAGCAGUGCACCAGCUCUGCUGUCUGCAUCUCUGUGUCAGUUCAUCAGCAGUGGAUAAAGACUUUUUCAAACCCACUGAGAUUGUAAUAUUUGAGAAAUUGAGUCUUGGAAGACACAGAAUUCAUCUAACUGAUGGACUUAUGAACACUGCAGGGAACUGUGCUGCAUUUAUACGUUCUGUGUCCUCAUUAUGAUGAAGCUGUACUAAGAACACAUCUAGACCUGACUAGAUUGUGCACAGUCACUGCAGGCUGUAUGGAUGUUUAGCUGAACAUGUUUACUGAUGAUGAUAUUUGUUGUCUGUCCCAUGAAAUUGAUCAAUAUAUCUUAAAAGUGUAAUAAGUACAUACAUUAAAGGAAAAUACACAUACUGUUAAAGGAUGCUUGUAAAUAUAACAUUGUAUAAUAGGAACAGGGUAUAUUAUCAUCUAUUGUGUAGAUUUUUGUAAUUCUUAUCCUUGCACAAACAUUAGCAGAACAAUAAAUUGAUGAAAUAUCA